GUGGAGACAGGGGUGGAGAUGGGCUGCAAAGACUCCAAUAAGGAGUGACGCCUGAAUUGACUCACUCAUUCAUCCAUGCACCCAUUCACGCCUGUGUGCAUUCACUCGGCAAAUAUGUAUUGAGCAACUACUAUGUGCCAGGCACCGUGCCUAGUGCCAGUGAGCAGAAGCAGCCAGGGACCUGCUCUUAUGGGGCCUGCCGUUGGUCGGGGAGACAGGCAACACUCAAAUCAUCACCACACAGAUCAAAUGGAAAAUUGUGCUGAGUUAUAGGGCUUUGAAGAAGAGGUUUGUGGUUCUAAGGGGCCUGACCUAGUCACGGAGGUCAGGGUGUCUUCUCUGAGAAAGACUUGAAGAAUAAAUAGGAAGUAACCAGGGCAAGAAGGGGGAGAAGAUGAUCCAAACAGAGGGAACUGCACAUGCAAAGGUCCUGUGGUGGAGGGUCUGGGUGAAGGCCAGAGUGGCUGGAGUGCCACAACAGAGGGGAGUGUGGUGAGAACGAGGUUGGGAAGUGGGCCAGCUGAUAGCACUUGAACUUGUGGGUGUCUUUAGAAGAUUUGGUCUGAAUUCCAAGAGCAAAGGGAAGGUUUUAAGCAGUGGUGCAAAAUGAUCCAAUUUGUGUAGCAAACUAGUUUGAGGGGGCCCAAGUGGAAGUGAGGAGUCAUGAGGGUCCAGCAGUGCCCACAUAAACAAUGACAGUGGCUUUGACCAAGGACAUGGUGAGAUUGGGGGGCAGGGUGAGUUGGAUGUUGGGGUGAGGGUCAGGUGAUAUUGAGGUCUGAGGAACUGGGCUGGCAGAUGGGAAGGGUAACGAUGAACAUCAUAUUCCUGUAAGAACAUAUUAUAUUGAGCAUGAUAAGUAAUAUCUUCCUUUCUACCAAGGAUAGAAUGGUUGACCUCUGAGUAAGAAAGAAGGGAAAGGAAGGAUUUUCAGGUUCUACUAUAUGGUAUUUAAUAUGUUUUCUCAUUAAAUCUGUUCAACAAAUCUGAGAAGUAAAUACUAUUAUUUAUGUACGAGGAAAGGGGUCUCAGAAAGGUAAAAUUACCUGCCCAAGGUCAUGGCUGGGAAGAGGUUAAGCCUCCACCAGUCUCCUCUCUUAAAAAAAAGAAAAAAAAAAGGCAAAACAACUUAUUUCAUUCUUCUCAGUGAGCUUAUAAUUGAGGAAAAAGUUUUUGGCAGAAGGGAAAGGGAGGGGAACCUGGAAGAACUCCCUGCUCUGAAAGAAUGCAAGGGAGCCUGGGGCCAUGUCACUGAGGAGCCCUGGGCAUCCAUCCAACCACAGGGGUGAACCAAUGUGUUCUUGACCCGAGCCGGAAACCAACUCUCCCUUUCUCUUCAUCUCCCACCUCCCUGCUCCUGGGAAGUCCUUCUAACCUCCUGGACCUAACCUCGAUCCUCCUGUUCUGGUGCCCAUUGUCUCCCCUUGCAGGCAGAUCCAAGCCACCUGGCUGCUCCCUCUCCCCGCUGGGCACGAAGCCUGACGCCUGCCCUUCAGCCCUCGGUGGGCUCCCAGGAAGCCUGCAGCCUGUAACCGGACAGUUUGCUCCCAGCAGGUACCCCUGAGCUGCACUCCGCACACUGUUCCUGGAUCUCCUCUCCGAAACCUGGGCAGAGUGUGUUCCCACCCAGUCCGGUGACCUUCGCCUGUCUGAGCCCUGGUUAAUUUUUGCCCAGUCUGCAGGCUGUGGGGCUCCUCCCCUUCAGGGAUAUAAGCCUGGCCCGAGGCUGCCCUGUUCCCCACCUGUCCUGAGCCUCCCCAAGCUCCCUCUGCACCCUCACCAUGGCCAAAGGAUUCUACAUAUCCAAGGCUCUGGGCAUCCUGGGCAUCCUCCUGGGCGUGGCGGCCAUAGCCACUAUCAUCGCUCUGUCUGUGCUGUAUGCCCAGGAGAAGAACCAGAAUGCCGGGUACGCCACCACCAUGGCCCCUACGAGCUCCGUGGCCCCUACGAGCUCCGUGGCCCCUACGAGCUCCAUGGCCCCUACGAGCCCCGCGACCAGCCUGACAACCACCAUCACCGCGGCCACCACCUUGGAUCAGAGCAAGCCAUGGAAUCGAUACCGCCUACCCACGACACUGUUGCCUGACUCCUACAAGGUGACACUGAGGCCCUACCUCACUCCCAAUGAGAAUGGCCUGUAUAUCUUCACGGGCACAAGCAUCGUCCGCUUCAUCUGCAAGGCCCCCACUGACGUCAUCAUCAUCCAUAGCAAGAAGCUCAACUACACCACAACCCAGGGGCACAUGGUGGCCCUGCGGGGCGUGGGGGCCUUCUCGGCCCCCGACAUCGCCAGGACCGAGCUGGUAGAGCCCACGGAGUAUCUGGUGGUACACCUCAAGGGCUCGCUGGAGGCAGGCAGAAUGUACGAGAUGGAGAGUGCAUUUCAGGGGGAGCUGGCCGACGACCUGGCAGGCUUCUACCGCAGCGAGUACAUGGAAGGCAAUGUCAAAAAGGUGCUGGCCACAACACAGAUGCAGUCUACAGAUGCCCGGAAAUCCUUCCCGUGCUUUGACGAGCCGGCCAUGAAGGCCACAUUUAACAUCACCCUCAUCCACCCCAACGGAUUCACAGCCUUGUCCAACAUGCCGCCCAAAGGUCCCAGUGUCCCGCUCGUAGAAGACCCCAAAUGGAACGUCACUGAGUUCGAAACCACGCCUGUAAUGUCCACAUACCUUCUGGCCUACAUCGUGUGCGAGUUCACGAGUGUGGAGACAAUGGCACCCAACAACGUCCAGGUCCGGAUCUGGGCUCGGCCUAAUGCAAUUGCAGAGAACCAUGGCAAUUAUGCCCUGAACGUGACAGGUCCCAUCCUAGACUUCUUUGCCAGUCAUUUUGCUACACCCUACCCACUCCCAAAAUCUGACCAGGUUGCCUUGCCUGACUUCAACGCCGGUGCCAUGGAGAACUGGGGGCUGGUGACCUACCGGGAGAACUCGCUGCUGUUUGACCCACAGGCCUCCUCCAGCAGCAACAAAGAGCGGGUUGUCACUGUGAUUGCUCAUGAGCUGGCCCACCAGUGGUUUGGGAACUUGGUGACCCUGGCCUGGUGGAAUGAUCUUUGGCUGAACGAGGGCUUUGCCUCCUACGUGGAGUACCUGGGUGCUGACCAUGCAGAGCCCACCUGGAACCUGAAAGACCUCAUGGUGCCGAACGAGUUGUACCACGUGAUGGCUGUGGACGCGCUGGCCUCCUCCCACCCCCUGACCACCCCUGCCGAGGAGGUCAACACACCCGCCCAGAUCAGCGAGAUGUUUGACUCCAUCUCCUACAGCAAGGGAGCCUCAGUCAUCAGGAUGCUUUCUGAGUUCCUGACUGAGGACCUGUUCAGGAAGGGCCUGGCGUCCUACUUGCAUGCCUUUGCCUAUCAGAACACCACCUACCUGGACCUGUGGGAACACCUGCAGAAGGCUGUAAACAAUCAGUCGGCCAUCAAGCUGCCAGACACCGUGCGUGCCAUCAUGGACCGCUGGACCCAGCAGAUGGGCUUCCCUGUCAUCACUGUGGACACCAAGACAGGGAGCAUCUCCCAGAAGCACUUCCUCCUUGACCCCGAGUCCAACGUCACCCGCCCCUCAGUGUUCAAAUACCUGUGGAUUGUUCCCAUCUCAUCUAUCAAAAAUGGCAAACUGCAGAACCACUACUGGCUGCAGGGCAACGCAACAGCCCAGCACGAUCCGUUCAAAACCGGAGCAGAAGAGUGGGUCCUGCUUAACGUCAACGUGACGGGCUAUUACCAGGUGAACUACGAUGAGAACAACUGGAGGAAGAUUCAGAAUCAGCUGCAGAUAAGACCAGCGACCAUCCCUGUCAUCAAUCGGGCACAGGUCAUCUACGACAGCUUCAACCUGGCCAGUGCCCGUAUAGUCCCUGUCACCCUGGCGCUGAACAACACCCUCUUCCUGAAAAACGAGACAGAGUACAUGCCCUGGCAGGCCGCCCUGAGCAGCCUGAGGUACUUCAAGCUCAUGUUCGACCGAUCCGAGGUCUACGGCCCCAUGAAGAAUUACCUCAGGAAUCAGGUUGAACCUCUCUUCCUAUAUUUUGAAAAUCUCACCCAAAACUGGACUAAGCGCCCAGAAAGCCUGAUGGACCAGUACAAUGAGAUUAAUGCCAUCAGCACUGCCUGCUCCAAUGGGCUGCCUAAGUGUGAGGAGCUGGCCAAGAACCUUUACAACCAGUGGAUGGAGAACCCCCAAAAUAACCCGAUCCAUCCCAACCUGCGGUCCACCAUCUACUGCAACGCCAUCGCCCAGGGCGACGAGAAAGAGUGGGACUUCGCCUGGUGGCAGUUACGACAAGCCCGACUGGUUAAUGAAGCUGACAAGCUCCGCUCAGCGCUGGCCUGCACCAACCAGGUCUGGCUCCUGAACAGGUACCUGAGUUACACCCUGAACCCAGACCUCAUCCGGAAGCAGGAUGCCACCUCCACCAUUAACAGCAUUGCCAGCAACGUCCUCGGGCAAUCUCUGGCCUGGGACUUUGUCCAGAGCAACUGGAAGAAAAUCUUUCAGGAUUACGGCGGUGGUUCCUUCUCCUUCUCCAACCUCAUCCAGGCUGUGACCCGAAGAUUCUCCACUGAGUUCGAGCUGCAGGAGCUGGAGCAGUUCAAGAAGAACAACAUGGAUGUAGGCUUCGGCUCAGGCACCCGGGCUCUGGAGCAAGCCCUGGAGAAGACCAAAGCCAACAUCAAGUGGGUGAAGGAGAACAAGGAGGUGGUGUUAAAGUGGUUCACAGAACACAGCCCAAUAGUCCCUGGUGCUUACAGUCACCUGGCCCCCAUGUGAGAUGCCCACGUGUGUCUAUCCAAGUGGCUCAUGGUAGGGCCCCCAUUCCUGAAGCCUGAGGCGCCUGUGUCCUCCCCUUAGGAACAGAGUCUCUGGCCCAUGUUCUCUCCACUCUGCCCAGGGGGCCAAUCCAGUUUCUGAUGGCCAGACUGUCCAAGUGCCUCCCAGCCCCUGCCCCUCAUGCCAACCCCACCCCAGGCCUGGCAUGGCUCCUGUCACCCAGGGCCCUGGGGCUGAUCUCAGGGAAGUCCAGCUCAAGGGCCAGAUGAGCAGAGGCCCUUGAUGGAUGAUGGACUGCCUUGGAGGGCUGCCCUGUGCCCUCUCUCACCCUCCCAUAAAGACCCUGAACCGGAGGAGUCAACAGAGCACCAGAUCUGUAUAUUUUUUUCUAAGAUAAAAUGUAAAUAAAGGAUUUCUAGAUGAGCUUCCAGACUCAUU